UCCAAAGAUCGCGACCACUGCCAUUCUUCCUCUCCCCGCGCCCCUCUCCCGCUCUGUAUUCUUCCUCCGCCCUCGCCCUCCCGUCUCGAGUCUGUUCCGCCCACGGCCGCCAAUACACAUGAUCCUCCGAGCAGCCUCGUCCACCUCGACCCAUGCAGGCCUCGCUGAAGAACCAUCAAGAAGCCCAGCGGAAAAAGCUUGCCAAUUCCUACAAGCAACUUCUCGAUGAGUUCUCUUCGAAGGACCUCACCAGUGUUGGUAACUACACCCUGGGGCGCCUCAUAGGCAAGGGAUCGUUUGGCAAAGUCUACCUGGCAUCUCACAAGCUCACCAAUGGCUCAAAGGUCGUGCUCAAGUCGGCGAACAAGGACGAUGCGAACCUGGCGAGAGAGAUACACCACCACCGGCAAUUCCUCCACCCACACAUUGCUAGGCUAUACGAAGUCAUUGUAACCGAGUCGUUGGUAUGGCUAGUCCUGGAAUACUGCCCAGGGGACGAGCUGUACAACUACCUUCUCGACAAGGGCGCAAUUGAGCCGGCGAAAGUCCAGAGAAUCUUCACGCAACUCGUCGGCGCAGUGUCAUACGUCCACAACAAAUCAUGCGUGCACCGAGAUCUGAAGCUGGAAAAUAUCCUUCUGGACAAGCACGAAAAUGUCAAGCUGGUGGAUUUCGGUUUCACACGGGAAUACGAGGGCAAGUCGAGUUACCUCCAAACGUGGUGCGGCACAGUGUGCUACAGCGCGCCAGAGAUGCUGAAGGGGGAGAAAUAUGCCGGCGAAAAAGUGGAUGUAUGGAGCUUAGGGAUUAUCCUAUAUGCGCUGCUCGCUGGAGAAUUGCCAUUUGACGACGAUGACGAAACUAUCACGAAGAUGAGAAUUCUGAAGGAGGAACCAAACUACCCAGAGCACUUCCCUCCACAGGCAAAAGAACUGAUCGGACAAUUACUGUCGAAACGACCCAUUUUACGGCCUUCGUUAGCUGACAUUCUGCAACACCCCUGGCUUGCGGACCACGCCCCUCAACAGCAAGCAAUUUUGAAGUUACAACAACCGGCACAGUUCACCACCGACCUGGAGAAGGAAACACUGCAACGAAUGCGAAGUGCCGGCGUUGAUAUUGAUAUGGUCAUAGAAAACGUCCUUGCCCAGCGAUGCGAUGUCCUGGCUGGGUGGUGGGCGCUAUUGAUAGAGAAGGAGGAGAGGAAAGCCAAAAGAAGAGAACGUAAGCGCAAGGAACGCGAGGCGGAGGCAAAGAGUUUAAGACGGCUGAGUGCAGCCAGUAGCCGACUAGAAAGACUUGCUCCUACUAUCAGAGAGACUGAUGAAGAAGGCCAGCAUACUCCCUUGAUCGGCGAUCCUCCAAAGAGUCGCGGUCGGAACAUGAAAAGGAAGAGCGUCACCGGUGGCAUAUCAGACUUGCCACGCCUGCCCGAGACGCAAUCGACUCCAGACUCAGAGCAACCACCUCCUCCCGUCGAGAAAGAUUCCCGGUCCUCAGACUCCUCAAGAAAUCGGCCUCCUUUACCUCCAAAGGAGGUAAGGAGAUCUAGAAGUAGCAUGCUCCAGGUGGUUUCAAAUAAUCCUGACCUACUCAAUCCGAAUGGCUUCGUUCCAAAACGCCGUCGGAAGUACCAACAACCGUUCAUAAACCAGCUGGCUGCUUUCCGAAAUUGGCUCAAAGAGACGUCCAAACGGGCAAAGUCGCCAGGCUCAAAACCAAGCAGUAACAACUCUCCAAAACUAUCACAAGGCAAGAAAUCCCCGGAUACCCGACGCCUCUCAAGCGCUGGCGCUCUCUCCAACCGACCCUCCGGCAACAACAGCCGCCCUGACCUCCAGACUCGCGCCUCUUUUCCCCAACGCCCUCGAAUCUCCACAAACGGCAGCACCGUAUCUACAAAACGGCCUUCACUAUCUCCCUCCCCCUUAACACCACGCUCUUCCUACCGCCGUAGCUCUGUCGGCCUCCGUGGCCGCAAAUCCACCUCGUCAUCUGUAUCAUCGGUUCGGUCUAUCCACCACCACCACUCGCAUUCCAAAGCUUCAUCUACCUCAUCCGCUUCCCUCGCCUCCCCCUCCGUCUCCACAACCUCCAAACCCACAAAAUCCCCCCACGCCUCGGUCAAAGUCCUCCCCGCCACCCCAACCACAUCCUCCUUCCCCUCAAACGUCCGCAUCGUACGCGCCCCGGUCAGCGAAGGCGGCGCUGCAUUCGGCGGCGGUGGUCUCGUUAGUCCGGGCCUCGUCUUCGCGAAGAGGAAACGCUCCCCUUUCAAAGGGCCGAUGCUACAUGUGAGCCAGCACGGCAGCCCGAGCACGUCACGGCAGCGGAGCGAGAACAACUCUCGGAGCGCGAGCGUGCAGGGGCGACGGAGCGGGGAGAUCAUCGAAGAGGAGGACGAAGAUGAAGUAGAGGAGGUGGAGGAGUUUUCGAAUAUCAUGCGGGCAGGGGAGUUUGUGGAGGAGACGUCGGUCGCGGAGAAAUGAUUCGCAGCUAGGUUGAUGAUGAGGCUUAGGGAGAUGUCUUUGGGUUUCACGUCUUCACUUCAUGUUGGGGUUUUCAGGAUGAAUGGGUUGCCGACUUUCUCCUUUUUUUCAUUUUUUCAUUUGUUGAUGCUGAUUCUGACGACUGCCGCUUUGAGGCGGUGCGGUGUUCAGCGGGAGCGUCUUCUUUCAGUUCUUCUUCUUCUUCUUUCUUCUAUUACUUCGACUUUUUUUUACUUUCUACUUUCAAGCUUUCUCCCUCUCUCUCUCUCUCCCUUCUUUCUCUCCCGCUUCAUGGGUUCUCUAAUGCAUAAUGUAGGGGAGGAAG